AAGAUUAGUUGGUUUGUACUUGGUUUUAAGUGGCACUGCGAGAAGCAGGAUCAGAAAAAGAAACAGACAGAAAAUGAUAGGAUAGAACGGUAGCAAUGGCAUCACUGACGCUACCUUCACUACCAACUUUCCUUUCUUCAUCGAACGUUCCCUCUUUUCACUACCAUAAGCACUCUCUCUUUAGCAAUGGAGCACCAUUCACGAGGCUCCGUAAUCGUCGAACCUCAGACACAAGCCUUUCUUGUGUUCCCUCCGUGGGAAAGGAAGACACUGACCUGCGUGUCUCUUCUCUCCAGGAAGAGCAACGCCAAGAUGAAUCAAACCCUCAGGACCUUCAAUACGUCGCCCAAAUCCAAAACGUUUUGGAGCUUCUCAGGAAAAACCGGGACAUGAUCUUCUCCGAGGUCAAAUUAACCAUAAUGAUUGAGGACCCCAGAGAAGUUGAGAGAAAAAGAUUACUUGGUAUUGAUGAUUCUGAUACCCCAACAAGAGAUGAUCUAGCUGAUGCUUUGGAAGAAGUCAAUGAAGGAAAAAUUCCAAAGAAUAGAGCUGCUCUCCAGAUGCUUGCUGAGGAAUUGGCUUCAUGGCCUAAUCUAGAGGCUGAAGCGCCAAAGAAAAAGCCCAGCAAAUCUCUCUAUGCAAAAGCCACAGACACGGGAAUCGAUCCUGAAGUUGCUGCAAAGAAACUGAACGUUGAUUGGGAUUCUGCUGCUGAAAUUGAAGAGACAAAUGUUGACAAUGAGACAGAAGUGCCUUCAGUGGUGGGCUAUGGAGCACUAUACUUGGUUACGGCUUUGCCUGUUAUUAUAGGCAUUUCAGUGGUUUUGAUCUUGUUUUACAAUUCCCUCCAGUAGGAACUGGCAUUCUACUCAAAUUCAGUGUAUAACAUUACACAGUAUUGAAAUCAAUAUAUCACAAUGUUCAGCUAACGUCGUUAGACUAACUAUAUAUCAAAAUUAAUCGUUCGGGAAAGAUGCUUAUGGUAUUGAUAGAAAAGCCAAUGCUUGUUGCCAUUGAUAGU